UAUUUCUUUCCCAACAGAGGCUGUCUUUGUUUCUUUGUCCAGAUCAAUGACAGAUUCCCGAAACCGAGGAGAAUCCGCCUCACCUGUCCUCACCCCAUGUGGAUACUUUAUGCACGGGAGGGGCAGCAUGGCGUGUUGCCGUGAAGUAUUCAUUUUUUAUGCAAUUGUGACUCAGCAAAAGUGCCUUUCAAAAGUCGAAUGUCCACUGCAAGAUCUGUGUGUAUAAAUUUGUUUGCGUUGGAUGUUAUUAUUUCAAAUGAGCUGUUGUUUCAGGAACGAUGGACGCUGUGUUUUUCGGGGUUGUCGUACUUCAAAUUUUGACGUGUGCUCUGUCCUUUCCAAACGGGGCUCCAGCUUCAACAUGUGAGGAUAUGAUGCCGAGGCAUGGAGGGAUCCAGCCCCAGCCGAACCCUGCUCCAUACACCAUCCAGACCAGCAGCACCACUGUACAGCCCGGGAAACCCAUCACAGUUGUAAUCAAAGGUCCAGACUACCGUGGCGUUCUCCUUGAGGCUCGCUCUGGAACCGACACAAAAGCAUUAGGAACCUGGCAGACUCCUCCAACUAACACAAAGUUCUUAGAGUGUUCAGGAAACCCGAAAGGUGCCAUCACCCAUGCCAACACCAACAUCAAAAACAACUCCACCGUCUAUACCUGGACUCCACCAGCUACAGCAAAAAGCAUCUUCUUCAUGGCCACCGUAGCCCAGCAGCGCAGUGUGUUCUGGGUAAAUGUGAGGUCGCCGACUCUGACCCAAAGUGGAGGAACAUCGCUUGAUGUGAACAAUAGUGCUGAAAGAACUGCCACUCCUGUCCUGAUGCUUCUUGUUGUUCUGAUGGCAAAUGUUCAGUGUCUAGUUGCUUAAGAAUGAUCCAGACUGAGUAAAUUAUACUAGCUCACUUACUCAGUAUAAAAUAUUUAAUCAGCAUUGAGUGUUUAGAUGCACAAUUUCAUUUGUCUGACUUAUAUUUAGCGGAUAGU